AUGUCCAGAUUUCCUGAGAGCCCUACACCCGUCACUCCGUCAACGCCCGUAUCGUCUUCUGCAGGACCAUCGACAUCCAAUAACCAUGUUGCAGCCGAGGGUAGCCUGUCGCGCACGGCCUCAACGUCAGAGCCCCCCGCGUCUAGCUUGUCUGCACCCACGCUGCAGGUGGACGCCACAAAGCCGGCCACUGCAUCAUCCAGGCCGCUCGUGAGCGUAAACGUAGAGGCCCUCAUCCAGGAUGUGAUGCGCAGAGGGGCGCAAAAGGGGCGGGAUGAGGAGGAGAUUGAGGCCAUGGUGCAGACUGCUGCACGUGUGGCACAACGAAUAGCAGCAGACCAGACGGCUGCCCUCCAGCCCGACACCGAGUCGGCGUUCACCGACGCAGCCGACGCUGUCAGACGUUUGCUUCCGUACCACAUCUUCCGGCACCCCGCCGAGGAUCUCACGGGUAGAAAAGGCAAGCGGAAAGCGACAGAAGAAGACCUAUUGCGAGAAGAAAUAGCAGAGACCAAGUUUGCCAUCGAGUGCUGGAAGCGCAAGACUGUGCUUGAGCGGAAGUUUAGGCGUAUCAGAAUGAACGAGGGCAAGCGAAGAGUUCCGGACGAUCAAGCGUAUUUUCUUGCCCAAGCAGCCUUGGAAGCCGAAAGAGUGGGGCUUACGAAAUUAAAUAGCGAAUACCGGGAUGCAAAAGCCGAGCUGGAUCGCAUUGAACGCGAGAAGAAGGCUGCAGCGGCCGCUGCCGCUCCACCACCUCCUGCACCGGCUACGCCAGUGGCUGCACGCCUACCGUACUAUCUACCACCAGCUGUAAUGACCGCACCGAUCUCCUCAACCUUUGCGGCAAGUCCCACAGCAUACGCCGCGCAAUACAGGAAUUACACGUAUUCUUACUCCCAACCUUUCGGGACACCAUAUUCAUAUACUGCGCCUUCGAAUACAAGCACAUCUACGGCUCCUCGCAAAGCUACGCCCAUAUCUCGAACCCCCACGAACGUCCCGGUGCUACAACUCGCGCCGCCAUCUGCAGCACAACCAGCUCCGCAGGCAUCAUCGUUUUCCGUGCCCGCAUCCGGAGCGACGACGCCCGUUUCGGCAGCCCCUACGACACCCGUCGCCAGCAUGGCACCCAUACCCGUGCACCUGCCCGUAUCGUCGCUCAUGUCGCUCUCGGCUCUCGGGAUCGUCCCCAUCCCUGUGGCGAACGCGCCACCUGCAGAUCAACCGCAGCCUGCAUGCGUGCUCAAGGGCACGACGCACAACGGGACGAUGGUCAGCCUCGAUAUCAAUGUAUCUGCGCUGGGUCAGGCGCAGGCGAGUGGGCUAGCCGUGCUGCUCAGUGCGUUGACCGCGACCGCGCGCACUGGUGUUGCUGCCGCGUCCGGUCCAGCGCCAGCUACGGGUGGGACCGAUACCUCCGGAACCGCGACAGGGACCAACGGCGUAUCUCAAACAGCUUCGAGCGAUACUUCCCCGACAAACGGAGGAUAGAUAGCAGGGCAUAGGUGUUGUUUAUAGGGUCUCUUAGCUAUCAUUGUGCAACAGUGUGCAAGUACCGACGAGAACUGCGUUCCAUGUGAUUUUGUGGUGCAUGCCGUACAACUCGUACAAGCUUGCUUGCGCAGAGGUCCGCUCCAGUGGUGACGUUCC